GAAUCAGAGUUCGCAGAAAUGUAUGAGAUAUUUCUUCAUUGGCCUUCUGGCCGUCCUCCGGUGGACUCAGUGCUCAGUGCCCAUCGCGCCAAAGUGGUGGAGGGCCGGGCAUGCGCGGCAGCGGCCGGGAAGCAUCGCAGAGGCCGAACUCCUCUCACACCUGGCGCUGCUGCUGCAACCUCAAGAGCCUCUCAAGGAGGUCUUCCGGAAUUUUCCGGCAGAGAAGAGUGAUAAGUGGGGCAAGAAUCUCGUAAGCCCGGACAUGGCUGUGUAUGGUGCAUUGAAGUUGAACGAAGCAGCGUUGUUUCUUGAAUAUGACGGAUACUACCGGCACAACACUUCUGCUGGCAGACUUGCAGAUGUCCGCAAGAGCAAGGCGCUUCUCAUGAAUGCUCCCGCAGGGUCACAGGUCUUGCGCGUAGCGCAUGGCCACCGCGGACUUAAGUUUGCUUGCGAGACGAGAGAAGUGAUCGUAGAUUCAUGGCAGGUGGGUCAAGGCAAAUCGAUCUUGGUAACGGUCGGUCAGGUGGUCGAGAAGUUGCUGGCAGAGCUGGCACACGUGCUCAAGCCUAAGUUGAACAGAGCUCUUCAGGACUUUCUGGUGAGUCCUGGAAAUCUGAACACUGCAACGGCGGUUGAGUUUACUCAGAACUUGUUGGCAGAACGUACCCUAAGGGUCAACAUGUCGAGCGUACAUAACCUGCUGCGCAUGCGGCUGAACAUUUCCUCUUCACGCGCAAAUUGGCUGAGAGAUCAGCUUGGAAACAGAGGGACUGCCCUGGUCGCAUACACCUCUGCAGACAAUUGCGGGCGCAUAAUCUGGAAGCUAAGAGACUUGGGCCUGCAGGAGGAAGAGAUCUACAAAGCCAUUGCUCGAAACCCAAAGAUCAUGGGACGUGGCUUUGAAGAGAACUUGCACCCCGCGGUCCAGUGGUUUCGAGACUUGAGUCUCAAGAAGGCGGAGGUUGCCAAAGUGAUUGCUCGGAAUCCACAGGUGUUAGGAUACAGCAUCGAAGAGAACAUGAAGCCCACAGUCCAAUGGUUCCGAGACUUGGGUCUCAAGCAGACGGAGGUUGCCAAAGUGAUUGCUCGGAAUCCACAGGUGUUAGGAUACAGCAUCGAAGAGAACCUGAAGCCCAAAGUGCAGUGGCUUGCAGGGCUGGGUCUCAGUCAGUGCCAGAUCAUCAGCGUAGCGGUUUCCCAACCGCAGCUUUUCAAUCUAAGUAUUUCGCGGAACUUGUCCAGAAAGAUCAGUCUGUUACGGCAGUUUGUGCCUGCAGGACAAGCUGCAACCCUCCUUACACGCUAUCCCGUUCUUUUUACCUGUGGUUAUGAGCGUUGGGCUUACCGCUUUGGAGUCCUGCGCGAGAAUGGUGAGCUCUCCAAGUUUGCCUCAGCAAUGAUUCUGACGGAUGAGAACUUUUCGAGGCGAUUUGUCGGCAGGCACGAAAGCAAUCGCAUGCCCAUUUGCACCUGCAAGCUCUAA